AUGUUUUGACUUUUGACAUAGGUACGUAAAUAACAUGUAAAUAUUUAAAUCGAACCGUCGAAGUAAAUUUAUCUGUGAAGUAAAUCUCUGUUUAACGAAUCAUAUUUGAUGACCAAUUCUUGAUCUUGUUUAUUUUGUUGAAUAAAACGUUAGGUAGGUACCAAUUUUUAGAAAACAUGGACGCAAACAUGUCCCUGGAGGAAAAAUGCGAACGCCUGAUGAACGUGGUUGUAGAGACACGAAAACGGUUCGGAGAAAUGUGCGUUGAUUACCAAAACAAAUCCACACUUAUGGAGAACAAAAUGCUCAACCUGCAAGUGGAAACUAUCGCUAAUUGCAAGAUAAAGUCAAAAAUUCAAAUACCCGACUUAUCAUACGAUGACACGAUCAAAGAUAUGGACGAUUUUAAACACGAGCUUGUAAUUAGAGAAAAAAGAAUAGAGGAUCUUAUUAAAAAGAUUAGGAGUACGGAAAAAGUGGUCGUUCAAGUGAAAAGUGAUACUAUACGGCAGAAAUUGGAAAAACCAAUUAGUGCUAAAGCUAUUUUAGCUACUGUGAAAACUAGGAAUGACAAUGUGUGAUAAACUGUAUUGGUGUUAAAAGUACAUAUUGUACAAACAAUUUUGAAAGAAAUUAAAAAUUAAUGGACUCAAA